UCAAAUAUACCGGACACGACAAGCAUUGAUAUUCCUAAAGAAAUCAAACAAAACCAACGCAUUGUAACUUAAUUAACCAACAACUGUGAUCGCCAACAUCGGAAGUAGCAAACGUGAAGCACGAGCGGAAUUGCCAACAUUUCACAAAACUAGGCCGCGAGCAAACCCUCCCUUUUGCUCACACCCACCAUACCUCCCGUGCUUCAGCUUCAUACAAAAUUCUGUGAACCAAGUGCUCUUCGCAACAGCAGCAGCGGCCGCCACCAAGUGCAAAUUUCGUCGAUUUCGGACAAUCAAGCGAAUCCAACCACUCAAAAGCAAUACCUAGUGCAUUAGAAACGUCCCCAAGUAGACGGGACACCAGCAGCAGGGGCCUUCAAACGUCGCAAAGAGAAAAUCAUUAAGAACUGAAUCCGCACCGUGCUGAGACUCCGUAGUGCACUACGAGCAGCAGCAAAAACCGAAGCCACUGUCGAUAGCUUGAGAGGACCCUAGCAAUGGUCAUGGAUGCGACCCAAUCGCAGCAGCCUUCACCGCAGUCGGUGGGACGCGAGUUCGUGCGUCAGUACUACACGCUGCUGAACAAGGCGCCCAACCACUUGCACCGCUUCUACAACAACAACUCGUCGUACAUCCAUGGCGAGUCGAAGCUGGUGGUUGGCCAACGCGACAUCCACAAUCGCAUUCAGCAGCUGAACUUCAAUGACUGCCACGCCAAGAUCAGCCAGGUGGACGCUCAGGCAACGCUGGGCAACGGCGUCGUGGUCCAGGUGACUGGAGAGCUCUCCAACGACGGCCAGCCAAUGCGCCGCUUCACCCAAACCUUCGUGCUGGCCGCUCAGUCGCCCAAGAAGUACUACGUGCAUAACGACAUCUUCCGCUACCAGGAUCUGUACAUCGAGGACGAGCAGGACGGCGAGUCGCGUUCGGAGAACGACGAAGAACAUGAUGUGCAGGUGCAGGUGGGCACCGUUGUGGAUCAGGUCGUCCAGGUCGUGGGAGACGUGGCCCAGCCGGCACCGCAACAGAUUCCUGCCCAGGCUCAGGUGGUGGUGGCCCAGCAGCAGCAGGUCGCUUCCGGAGCUGCCGGAGGUGCUGCACCGCAGCAAAUCUUCUACCCUCUACCGGCUGGUGCCGCCACUGGACGCCCUCAUACUGUGUUGCCACCUGCCCCCCAGGCGGCCGCCGUGCCCCUGCCGGCGCAGUUUGUAGCUCAGCAGCAGCCUAUCCAGAACGGAGUUGUGUCGCACGAGGAGCUGCAGCAACAACAGGUGCCACCCCAGGCCUUAGUGGCGCCCAGUGCCUCGCCGCUGGUGCAGCAGCAGCCGAAUAUUGCUGCAGUCUUGCCUACGACAGUGGGCAUCUUGCCAGUGCAGUCCACGAGCUUCCAGCAGUCUCCUCUGGUGGCUCCUCAGCUCAUUCAGCAGCAGCAGGCGGCUCAGCUGCCGCCACAGCAGCAGCCCAUUCAGCAGCAGCCUCUGCAGCCGCUGGUGGAGCCCGAAGAACCCGUGAACACGCCAAUUGUCAGCCAGAGCAUUAACGAGAUUCCACCUCGGCAGCAGCAGAAGCCUCCCACUCCCGUGGAGGACUUCAAGACGAUUCACGAUCAGCAACAGCAGGAGAAGUACGAGGCGGCCAAGCAGCAGCAGAACGAGCCCAAGACGUACGCCAAUCUAUUCAAGUCCACGUCCUCUUCGCCCAGCGGCUUCGUCAACGCUGUGCUGCAGCAACAGCAGCAGCUUCAGCAGCAGCAGCAGUCGAUCAGCAACACGUACACGUCGUCCUCAUCGGCAGGUGUCGGUAGUGGAAACGGCCAAGUGAGCUACUCGACCACAGCUUCCUCGUACAACAACACCAAUGGUAACUCGCGUCUGGACAACGGCGGACCACUGCCACAGCGUAAUAACUCGAUCAGGAACAACAACAACAACAAGGGUGGUGACUUUGAACAGCGUCGUCCGAGCAAUGCUCAGCAGUUCGGUGACAAUCAGCAGCUGUUUUUGGGCAACAUACCGCACCACGCCAGCGAGGAGGAGUUGCGCGAGCUCUUCUCGCGCUUCGGAAAUGUGUUGGAGUUGCGCGUUCUGUCCAAGGCUGGCAACAAGGUGCCACCGGGCAUGCGCAGCCCCCUGAACUACGGCUUUCUCACCUAUGACGAUCCCGAGGCUGUCCAAAAGUGCCUGUCCAACUGCCCCUUGUACUUCCCUGAAAAUUCGCCUGAUGGCCAAAAGCUCAACGUGGAGGAGAAGAAACCUCGCAUUCGUAACGAUAUGGGCGGACCACGUCAACCCAUCGGCGGCAAUGGCCUCAACAGCAACAUGGGAGGACGUCUGGGUGGAAAUAACGGACCACAAUCGCGACCAAUGGGCAAUAACAACAAUGGCACCGGUGGUAUGAUGCGCAACAAUUCCGGCGGCGGUGGCAACAACUUGCGCACCGGAGGAGGUAACGGAGCCCCGCGUCUGGGCGGUGGGGGCUUCGGGCCACGCAACGACAACCGCAGCGGCGGUGGUACCAAUCAGUCCAACGGACCGCUGCGCGGUGCCGGCAAUGGACAGACUGGCGGUGGCGGCGGCGGCACCGGCAACUACGGCCGUCGCUAAAGAAGAUGUCGCAGCGCCAGUGGCCCCAGGCAGUGGCAGAAGUCCUGCCCAUUGGCCCGAUUGCUGAAACAACAGUAACACACCAACAACAAUAACAACCCAACGUUUAGAACAUCGAUUUCUUCCUCAAAGCAAUCAUCGUCACAUACAUACAUAAACCACACACAUACACACUAAUCACAAACCAAACACACGCAGGCAUACACAACAAAGUCAAUCAGACAGAGCCACACACAACACAGAUGGCCUGUAGUCGGAGCAAGAAAGAAAAGUUAAAAUCUAAGAAGGGCAACAACAGCUUGCUUGAGGCGUAUGCGUAUAGCUGCACAAAUGAAAUGACACAAGCCUCGGGGCCUUAGUCCUUAGCCUUAGUUCAAUUGGGUCUGAGCCCGCUUAUCAGCCAGUUCGUGCAAAAAAAAAAAAACAAACAAACAAAAAAAAAUUGAUGUGCAAAUCUUUGUUGUGAAUCGAAAAAAGCAGAAAGGCCCCCGGCUUUGCAGGCCAACCAUCUUUUCACCGCACUCUCAAACGUGUAUUAUGUUUAAGUCUCAGUCAUGCAGCCCACCCCACAAUCAUACUCAAUCAAUCAUAUACACAAACACACACACACACGAAAACACACACCCAUACACAUAAAUACACUCAUAUUAGCAUAAAUGUAAUCCUAAAUUUGAGCUCUCGUUCGGCUAUCACCUUCGAAAUGUAAACCCAAACAAUCCAAGUUUGCAUGCAAAUUGGCAAAUCCGAUAGGAUGUGGGGAGAAAUGCAAAUUUUUUUCAUUUGUUUUUCAUUAAAUACCACAUUUACUUAAGCUAAA